UCGUAAACAAAUGAUAAGAAGUAAUCAAGCGCAGCAGUAGAGGUUAGAUUUAGAUAAGAAAAUAUUUUUAGUAUUAAAAACACUGUAACCAACCAAUUAAAAGUAGAUUACUAUCUAAAUAUACAAAAAUGUUCGCCACAAUAGAGAGAAAUAUUGUAUUCUCUUGCCGGCUAUUGCACCGAGGUGUUCACAGCCAAUAUCUAAUAACAAAUGAGGCUAAUGGAACUAGAGAAAUAACACUCAACCAUGAGAAAACGAAAAAUUCUUUAUCAUUGGAUAUGAUGAGCCACCUCACAGAAGCAAUCAAUUCCAAUAAGGACGACACGUCACUGAGGGCUAUUGUUUUGUCUGCCAAAGGCAAUGUGUUCUCUGCUGGACACAACUUGAAAGAAUUACAAUCAAGUACUGGAAUCGAUCAACAUAAAUUGGUAUUCCAAAAAGCAACAGAGUUAAUGAAGUCGAUUAUUCAAAGCCCCGUCCCUGUUAUAGCGAAGGUGAAUGGAUUUGCGGCUGCAGCAGGGUGCCAGUUGGUUGCGACCUGUGAUAUGAUUGUAUGUUCAGACACUAGCAAGUUCUCUACACCUGGCGCCAACUUCGGUAUAUUCUGCUCGACCCCAGGGAUAGCUGUUGGUAGAUGUGUGCCGAAGUCUAGGGCUAUGUACAUGCUUUUAACAGGCUUGCCCUUAACAGCACAAGAAGCCUAUGACAGUGGACUCGUCACCAAAGUUGUCCCAGCUACCCAGCUAGACGAAGAAGUCAACAACGUUGUCGAAAGCAUCAAACACAAGAGCAGACGAGUCAUAGCGCUUGGAAAAGAGUUCUAUUACAAACAAAUUGAUAUGAAGUUGCUCGAUGCUUACGGUUUAGGUGAACAGAUAAUGGUGGAUAAUAUAAAUAUAGACGAUGGACAGGAGGGGAUUAAGAGUUUUGUUGAAAAACGUAAGGCCAGUUGGCACCACAAGUAGCCAUAACUUUUUCCUUGAGAUCGACCAUGGUACCAUCGGCAACACUAUUUAGUUGUACAUUUGUAAUCCUUAUUACAAGGGCAUGAAGCCUACCGAUGAUUAGUUAAGACUGUUGCUGUUAGUAACAUACGCGAAACAAGAAUAUGAAGCACAGGAAAGAAUUAUAUCAUUUAUUUUUGUAAAAGAUUUAUUAUUAAAAUUAACGCUUUUGUAUUGUUACCAGGGUAAAUUGGAAAAUAAAUUGUAGUAUCGCGAA